AUGCUUCGAGAUAUUUCUGGGUCGAGUGGCGACAGCCACGUGACAACCCUCGUCCAACCCUUCUCGUUCGGCGUUGAGGCAGAGCCAGAGAACGAGGUGUGGCUCGUUUUCAAAGACCAGAAGUGGCUAGACAUCAGGCGUCGGGUGAGAGACAAGUAUUGUAACGGCAGAUGGGACCAGUUCUCUUACCUGGCUGCUAUGCUCCCCCCAGGGGGAACGUUGAAUCACGACGACAAAGGCUACUGUAUACCCUGGCCAUUCCCGUCAUCACCAUUCGCCCCUCAAAACAUCCUCCGUUUCGAAAGGGGUCAAGCCGUAUGUCAAUUCGCCGACCCACGAGCCGAUAUCAAAUGUGUCUCUGAGGGGCAGGUGAUGGAAACCAAGGGCAGGUGGGAGGCGGUUUGCGGGGGGGUAAAUGUGGGGUUAUGGAAGAAGGGGAGGGUUGUUGUGAGUGGGUUGAGUGAUGAGAGCGCUGCUUUACCAAGUAUACUGGGGCAUGUGUUUGACCUCCCCAUGUAUUCCUGCUCGACCGCCCCAUCCCUGUUGUCAGUUGUCCUAGCGAGUCAUGCUACCAACGCGGCAUCAAACAGGACCUUUUCAACAUACGCUCGUGAUCUUCUGAAACGUCGAUCAAAGCUGGCGAUUGCAUCCGCGCAAAACGAUAUCGAAGGGACCCCAACACCCCGAGUCUCAUUCAUUCCCAUACUCGAAGAAACUGCCCUCGCGACAGGGCAUGUACCUCUCAGCCCGGCUCGUACACCUCCUUCCUUCAGUUCAACACGCUCGACCCCAUCUCUAUCAUCCUCCAUCGCCACCAGCAUCUCAUCUUCAUCUUCUUCCUCAUCAUCAUCAUCUUUAGUCAGGCAUACGUCAGACGGAAAGUCUAUACCAAAGAUGCUCGAGAUCGUUCCCGAAGAGGAGCACCUUCCCGCAGGAGAAGAAGAGGGAGGAGAAGAGGGUGGACUGAAGUUGCUUUUCGCGCCGGAUGGGGAUACCUACCCAAGCAAGAUGUAUACUUCCAUGCGAUCCGAAUAUGAGCGACUUUCGCUUAUAGUCAGAAACUCUCUCUUCAUCCCGCCAUCUCUCCCAUCCCUGCGGCAAUCGCCUCGUUCUUCUUCUCCUUGGCAAAGACAUGACCCGAGACGGGCGGGGAUGCCUGUACAGCCCAUGAGUGGGUCGAAAUGGGUACAGCCUGGAAACCAGGUCAUUCUCGAUCAGGGCGCUUUGAGUGGAGGAAGAUAGCCUGUGCAUCGAUAGAGUUGUUCGUCGAUAGAGUUGUCCAUCAAUAGAGUGGGGAAGGAGAUGGGGUCGUCUGCUGUGCAUGAUUGGGAAUAAAUAGGCAGAAGGAGGAUUGGUUGGAGAAGUGCACAUCUUGGAGGGUCUACUCUACUUGGCCUCGACAUGCAGCAUGUCGACCAGCCUCGAAUCGAAAUGUUGAGUGAUAACGUGAACAAGCGCAGC